AUGACGAAGAAGACAGAACAAGAAGAGGAAGAAGAACAAGAAGACGAACAAGAGGAAGACGAAGAAGAAGAAGACAAAGAUGAAGAUGGAGAAGAAGAAGAUGAAGAAGAAGCAGAAGUAGACUAA